AUGCCUACUAGAUUACAUCACAACAGAAAGAAGCGUGGACACGUCUCAGCUGGUCACGGUCGUGUUGGUAAGCACAGAAAGCAUCCUGGUGGUCGUGGUCUUGCUGGUGGUCAACACCAUCACCGUAUCAACAUGGAUAAGUACCAUCCUGGUUACUUUGGUAAGGUCGGUAUGCGUCAAUUCCACUUGAAGAACAAUGUCAACUGGCGCCCUGUUGUCAACCUUGAUCAAAUCUGGACUCUUGCCGGUGAAGGUGUUCGUGAGCAAUACAAGAACACUGAAAAGGUUCCCGUUAUCGAUGCCCUUCAAAAGGGUUACGGUAAGGUCUUGGCCAAGGGUACUAUUUCUCAACCCGUUAUUGUCCGUACUCGUUUCGUCUCUCGUCUCGCCGAGAAGAAGAUCAAGGAAGCUGGUGGUGUCGUUGAGCUCAUUGCUUAA